AUGCGUUUUAUCCUCGCUGCUAUCUCUGCCCUUGCGGCUGUGGCUACCGCCUACACCAAGCCUGAUUACAACCAGGCUCCCACUGGCAACCCAAUCAUGACUCCCGGCCUGAACGAGCAGGUCCCGGCUGGAAAGCCCUACGCCAUCACCUGGAACCCUACCACCGAGGGUACCGUUUCUCUGGUCCUUCUCCGUGGCCCCAGCACCAACGUUCAGCCCCUCUACCCCAUUGCUGAGCAGAUCCCCAACAGCGGAAAGUUCGAAUGGACUCCCAGCACCAGCCUUGAGGCCGACGUGACCCACUACGGUCUCCUCCUCGUGGUCGAUGCAACUGGUCAGUACCAGUACUCCACCCAGUUCGGUGUCGAGAACUCCAACGUCGUUUCCUCUUCUGCUGCUCCUUCUGUGGCUCCCACCUCCACCGCGGUCGCCGAGCCUAGCGCUUCGUCUACCUCUCUUGUGACUUAUGAGAUCACCACGACCAUCUGCCCUGAGACUGAGACCGCCCCCGCCGCUAUCCCUACCGCUGCCACCAGCUCUCCCGUCAUUCCACCUCACUCUUGGGGUACUGGCCGUGUUAGCGUCCCUGUUGUCUCUCCCACCAACACCCCUUACCUCCCUACCACCCUGCGCAGCUCCUCCGCUCCCUCCGGCACUGCCUCCAGCACCACCCCCGGUGUCCCUCUGUUCACCAACGGAGCUGACCGCAACGCCAUCAGCUUUGGUGCUGCCGCUGCCGGUGUUCUUGCUGUCCUUGCUUUCUAA